CUUCAAUCAUUCUCCGCAAAACCCAUAACAUUCCUACACAUUUUUCUCACCGCGUAACAUAUAGCAAAGUCUUUGUUUUCCAUUUGUAGGAGUAUAAAGAUUGAGGUUGAUUUACUGUUGCCUCUUUAGUCGUCUAUUGCGCGACGCUGACCCGGCAAGUGAGAGGCUUUAGCCGCCGGGAAACCGUCUACCUAGGGUUCAAUUCAAUCGACAAUCCCGAACGAACGACGGCGCGCAUUAUAUCGACGAUAUCUGCCAGCUCCAGGGCAGCCUGAGACCGGAGUCUGGUCCCUUUCCGAUCGUACGCAGCCAAGGCCUAAUCGAUUGCCCCCUGCCACGACCCCUCCAGUGCACGUCGAAGCCCAGACAACCCCCUCCACGUCCAACCCGAUUCGCGCCCUCACCCGCCACCGCGCAACGCUCGCCCGAAAGGAUGCCCUCUUGGAGCACUUCCCGCCUCAAUCUUCCCCGCCGCUUGGGCGAAACUGUAAGCAGCCCCUCCGACUCCAAUUCCAAAGCUUGCAGCACAGGGAGGAGCAGGAGGAGGAACGCACCGGAUGUCCGGUCGCCCCUGAAGCAGUACAAGCCUGCGGCAAGGGAAGCGCUCAAAGGAAGCCUUUCAGUUGGCCCCGUGGCAAUGCAAAAGAUGUCGUUCGAUCGACGACCGUCCCACAAAAUUCGAAAGGGAUUAUUCAAUAGCCGCUUCGGGGGUGGCUCCGGGUUGGGCUAUAAUAAGAAAAGAGUGGAAAAGCAAUACCACAAAAGGUCCGCCAGGUCCAGCAGAAGAUCCAGCCCUGACAUUUUUGCACAGCUCAGUCCACAUAACGGGUACUUGACCUACCACGGCGUCAACCUCCUGAACUCGGACGUCAGGGCACUCAAGGAUGAUUGGUUAACAGAUACGAAUAUCGCCUUUUGGGAAGAGUACAUCGAACAUGAGAUACUUCCAAAGUAUCCCCAGGCUCGUGUUGCCUUGAUGAGACCGGUACUGGUGGCAUUGAUGGUGCAGGCGCAGCGUCUUAAGGACAUAGCGGAUGCUCUUCCUGAUUUUCGUCACGAAACGCACAUCUUCCUACCCAUCAGUGACUCGAUAAAUGCUGGCCGUCGAGCCGACACGGGCAGCCAUUGGUCACUGCUCUUAGUUUCCAAACUGGACGGUGUUGCCUUUCACUACGACUCGCUGAACGACCACAACGACGCCCACGCACGUGCCGCCGUAGAUAGGCUCUCUCGGCACCUUAGACAGCCCCUGCGCUUCUAUCGCAUCAUUGACAUGCCUCAGCAGGCUAACUCUAGUGAUUGCGGCGUCUUUGUCUGCAUCUUGAUGCGCCACCUCCUGGUAAAGAAGCUUCUCAACGCCAACGCCAGAGAGAAGGUUGCCAUGGGCCUUUCCGGAAAGCAGAUCGACGCGCACGGGGGCAGGAAGGAGAUGAUCAAGAUCAUUGAGCAGCUACGCAAGGAGGGCGAACGCAGACGUAGUACGGGUGCCUUGCCCAUGUCGUUUCGCUCCGGUAAUUCGCCGCCGUACAUCGACUAGUAGACGACAUGCGAGUGGCAAACCAAGGUCUGAGGCAAACGUUAGGGGAUUUCUAUAUGAUUUUUGUGUUUGCGAGCUAUCAGCAUCCACCUCGGUGCUUCAAAAGCCGUGGUGGCUUGAUGUGGAAGCAUGGCGUCCUUGCGGUUGGUGUUAUGGGUCUGGCGUUGAGGCAAUGGCGUUGGGGUAUAGCCGGAGAACUUUUGUAAUUUUCAUCCUGACAACUUUUGGUGAUUUUCUCUCGUACAUGUCGCCCAUAUUGGAUAGGUCAUAUACGUUGCAGUCA